GUCAGUAUCAGUCUUCUGUCUGUCUUCAGUCGUACAUCUGCACAUCCAUAUUAUAUUUGAAAGACAUUCACAAGUCAACCUACCAACGAAAUCAUCAUGCAAUUCCAAGUAUCAUUCGCUCUACUCGCCAUGGCCGUGUGCUUCGUCGCCGCCGAAACCAAGACACCGUCAUCAGCUCAAUCAAACACUGACCGAAGCAAACGAGGAGUGAUCGUCCCACUGGCCGCCUCACCUUAUGUAUCCGCAACAUACGCCGCCGCCUCACCUUACGUCGCCGCAUCUCCUUACGUGGCCGCAUCGCCUUACGUGGCUGCGUCGCCUUACGUGGCCGCCCGGUACGCAGCCACCCCUUAUGCCGCCGCCGCCCCAUAUGCUGCAGUGGCUUCGCCGUACGUCUCUGCUUACUCCGCCUACCCGUACGUGGCCAAGACUUUGAGUUCCCCGUACACAGCUGCUUACUACGUAUAAAAGAAAACCUACAGGUCGGCCCCCAAAAUCUAUUUAAUGCUACUAACUUCAAUCGACUUUGAUAUAAGUCGAGGACUUAUUGUUCAAUUUAUUUAUAGUAAUAUAAUACUGUAUGAUAUUCUAUAAAACUUUUUAAAAAA